ACUGAAAAAGGGCCGAACUCUUUUACUCCAAAUCCACCAAACCAACAAACUCUUCUCUCACUUCUCUCUGUUUCUGAACAACUUGUUGAAGAACACCAAGGUUUUGCAGAGAAGAAAAGGCAGGGUGGCUAAGCUGAAGGAGUACGUUAUGGGCGGCGCCGACGAGUCUGAACCAGAUUCGCAGCCGUCAGUGCCGCUUCAAAACAACUCCCUCAUUCCUCACACGGUUUCAGCUCCUCCUUCCGACAAACUUGUUCCUCCAAAGGACAAAGAUGUUGCGUUGGCUCGUGUCGAAUUGGAGAAGAAGUUGGCAUUGAUCAAAGCAUGGGAGGAGAGUGAGAAGAUCAAAGCAGAGAACAGGGCAUACAAAAGGCUCUCUGCUAUUGAUUCUUGGGAGAAUACCAGAAAAGCUUCAAUACAAGCACAGCUGAUGAAGUUAGAGAAAAUGGAGAAGAAGAAAGCUGAGUAUGGCGAGCUAAUGAAGAACAAAAUCGUUGGAAUUCACAAGCAAGGCGAAGAGAAGAAAGCAACCAUUGAAGCUGAGCGAAGAGAACAGUGUCUGAAGGUCGAGGAGACUGCAGCAAAAUAUCGAGCUUCCGGGUUCACCCCGAAGACUCUACUACUCAGAUGCUUCAGUGGUUGAGAUGGGUUGGGGUUGAAAGAAUAGACUCCUAUCUCAUAUUUGCACUCUGGUUUUAGUCUUUGCUUCGUUUUGUAUUGAGUUUGUUGGAGAUGACUUGCAGGUGUUCCUUUUGAUGUGUAAAGAUUAUAUCAGUUUGCUGCGUUUUAUCCACUCAUCACUUUUCUUAUGAUCUAUGCACUGAUUCAGUUCUAACUAGCAGUAUUGAUCCAUGUCU